AAUGCUUGGGACCAGACCAAUUGCAGGGAGUAGGGUACAAUACAGUCUGAUCUCCCUGAGUCCCUUCUUCCUGCAAGAUGGGAAAGAGCAAAUACCUUCAUCCAAGUUUUAUUCUCCUCCUUCUGGUCUUCAUGCCUACAAAUGCCUCAGUCUCUGGAAAACCGCACUAUAUGGUGCUGGUCCCCUCCCUGCUCCACUCUGAGAUCCUUGAGAAAGGCUGUCUCCUUCUGAGCCAACUGAAUGAGACCGUGACUGUAAGUGCUUCUUUGGAGUCUCUCAGGGAGAACAGAAGCCUCUUCACUGACUUGGUGGCAGAGAAGGACUUAUUCCACUGUGUCAGUUUCAUUGUCCCAAGAUCGUCAUCCAAUGAGGAGGUGAUGUUCCUCACUAUCCAAGUCAAAGGAGCAACCCAAGAAUUCAAGAAGCGGACCACAGUGCUGAUUAAAAAGAAAGAGAGCCUGGUCUUUGUCCAGACAGACAAACCCAUCUACAAACCAGGGCAGACAGUGAACUUUCGUGUUGUCGUGUUGGAUGAAAAUUUUUAUCCCCUGAAUGAGUUGAUUCCACUAGUAUACAUUAAGGACCCCAAAGAAAAUCGCAUUGCACAAUGGCAGAAUCUUAAGCUAGAGAGUGGCCUCAAGCAACUGACCUUCCCCCUCUCAUCAGAGCCCUUUCAGGGCUCCUAUAAGGUGGUGGUACAGAAGGAAUCGGGUGGAAGGGCAGAGCACCCCUUCAUCGUGGAGGAAUUUGUGCUUCCCAAGUUUGAAGUGCAAGUAACAGUGCCAAAGAUAAUCACCAUCUUGGAACAAGAGGUGAAUGUGUCAGUGUGUGGCCUAUACACGUAUGGGAAGCCUGUCCCAGGACAUGCGACCGUGACCAUGUGCAGAAAAUAUAGUAACCCUUCUAACUGCUUUGGCAGAGAGUCAGAGGCUAUCUGUGAGAAAUUCAGUCAGCAGCUAAACAACCAGGGCUGCUUCUCUCAGCAAGUGAAAACCAAGAUCUUUCAGAUGAAGAGAGAAGGGUUUGCAAUGAAACUUGAAGUGGAGGCCAAGAUCCAAGAAGAGGGAACAGAGGUGGAAUUAACCGGAAGAGGAUCCAGUGAAAUAACAAGAACCAUAACCAAACUCUCCUUUGUGAAAGUGGACUCGAACUUUAGACAAGGGAUCCCGUUCUUUGGGCAGGUGCGCCUAGUAGAUGGGAAAGGUGUCCCCAUGCCAAAUAAACUCAUCUUCAUCACAGCAAAUGAAGCUAACUAUUCUUCCAACACUACCACUGAUGAGCAUGGGCUAGUGCAGUUCUCCAUCAACACCACCAACAUCAUGGAUACCACCCUCACCGUCACGGUCAAACACAAGGAUCAUAGCCCUUGUCAUGCCUUUCAAUGGCUGUCAGAAGAAAACGAAGAAGCUCAUCACACUGCUAAUCUUGUAUUCUCCCCAAGCAAGAGUUUUGUCCACCUUGAGCCCAUGCCUCGUGAACUGCCCUGUGGCCAAACUCAGACAGUCCAAGUACACUAUAUUCUAAAUGGACAGGUCCUGCAGGAGCUGAAGGAGCUUGUGUUCUAUUAUCUGAUGAUGGCAAAGGGAGGCAUUGUCCGAAAUGGAACUCACACACUGCCUGUGGAGCAGGGAGACAUGAGAGGCCAUUUUUCUGUGUCAGUCCUGGUGGAGUCAGACAUCGCUCCCAUUGCUCGACUGCUCGUCUAUACCAUUUUACCUGAUGGGGAAGUGGUUGGGGAUUCUGCAAAAUAUGAAAUUGAAAACUGUCUGGCCAACAAGGUGGAUUUGAGCUUCAGCCCAACACAGAGUCUCCCGGGCUCACCCGCCCACCUGCGAGUCACAGCUUCUCCUCAGUCCCUCUGCGCCCUCCGUGCCGUGGACCAAAGUGUGCUGCUCAUGAAGCCUGAGGCAGAGCUGUCCCCGGCCUCAGUUUAUAGCCUGCUACCAGUAAAGGACCUCACUGGUUUUCCUGAGAGUUUAAAUCAAAAUGAGGAAGACGAUGGAGACUGUGUCAAUCACCGUAAUGUCUAUAUCAAUGGAAUCAUGUAUUCCCCAGUAUCAAAUACAAAUGAAAAAGAUAUCUACAGCUUCCUAAAGGAUAUGGGCUUAAGGGUAUUUACCAACUCAAAGAUUCAUAAGCCCAAGGUAUGUACCCAGCAUGAAUACUUUACAACACGGAAGUAUGGAAGACUAUUAGCUGCUCCAGGCUCAGUUGAAUUGAGAGGAAGCCACGAGUUUUUCAGGGAGAUACAUGUUUCAGAGCCUCCCACAGAGACUGUGAGAAAGUACUUCCCUGAGACCUGGAUCUGGGAUUUGGUGGUAGUAAACUCAUCAGGUGUGGGUGAAGUAGGAGUAAGAGUCCCUGAUACCAUCACUGAGUGGAAGGCAGGGGCCCUCUGCCUGUCCAGUAACACUGGAUUUGGUCUCUCUCCAACUGCCUCCCUCCGAGCCUUCCAGCCCUUCUUUGUGGAGCUCACAAUUCCCUACUCUGUGAUCCGAGGAGAAGCCUUCACACUCAAGGCCACAGUGUUCAACUACCUCCCCAAACGCAUCCGGGUCAGUGUGAAUCUGGAGGAGUCUCCUGCAUUUCUAGCUGUCCCAGGAGAGAAGGAACAAGGGUCUCACUGCAUCUCUGGGAAUGGCCGACAAACUGUGUCCUGGGCAGUAACUCCAAAGUCAUUAGGGAAUGUGAAUUUCACCGUGAGUGCAGAGGCACUGGAGUCUCAAGAGCUGUGUGGGACUGAGGUGGCUGUGGUCCCUGAAUAUGGAAAGAAAGACACAAUCAUCAAGCCUCUGUUGGUUGAACCUGAAGGGCUAGAGAAGGAAGCAACAUUCAACUCCUUGCUUUGUCCGUCAGAUGCUGAGGUGUCUGAUCAAUUAUCUCUGAAGCUGCCGCCAAAUGUAGUAGAAGAAUCUGCCCGAGCCUCCUUCUCAGUUUUGGGAGACAUAUUAGGCUCUGCCAUGAGAGACACACAAAAUCUCCUCAAAAUGCCCUAUGGCUGUGGAGAACAGAAUAUGGUCCUCUUUGCUCCUAAUAUCUAUGUUCUGGAUUAUCUAAAUGAAACACAGCAGCUGACUCCAGAGGCCAGAUCCAAGGCCAUUGGCUACCUUAACACUGGUUAUCAGAGACAGCUGAACUACAAGCACCAUGAUGGCUCCUACAGCACCUUUGGGGAGCGACGUGGCAGAAGUGAGGGCAAUACCUGGCUCACAGCCUUUGUACUGAAGACUUUUGCAAAGGCUCGAACCUAUAUCUUCAUCGAUGAAGCACACAUUACCGAAGCCCUCACUUGGCUCUCCCACAAGCAGAAGGACAAUGGCUGUUUCAGGAGCUCUGGAUCCCUGCUCAACAAUGCCAUUAAGGGUGGAGUACAAGACGAAGUGACCCUGUCUGCCUAUAUCACCAUUUCCCUUCUGGAGAUUCCUCUCCCAGCCACUCACCCUGUUGUCCGCAAUGCACUGUUCUGCCUGGAGUCUGCCUGGAAGUCAGCAAAGGAAGGACCCCAUGGAAGCCACGUCUACACCAAGGCACUGUUGGCCUAUGCUUUUGCCCUGGCAGGUAACCAGGACAAGAGGAGAGAAGUACUCGAGUCACUUAAUGAGGAAGCUGUGAAGGAAGAUAAUUCUGUCCACUGGACACGACCUCAGAAACCCAAGGCACCAGUGGAACAUUUUCACCAACCCCGUGCUCCCUCAGCUGAGGUGGAGAUGACAUCCUAUGUGCUCCUCGCUUACCUCACGGCCCACCACACCCCAACCUCAGAGGACCUGACUUCUGCAACACACAUUGUGAAGUGGAUCACAAAGCAACAGAAUUCCCAAGGGGGAUUCUCCUCCACCCAGGACACAGUUGUGGCUCUCCAUGCUUUGUCCAAAUAUGGAGCAGCCACUUUCACCAGGACUGGGAUGUCUGCAGAAGUGACCAUCGAAUCUUCAAAAUUUUCCAAAAAAUUCCAAGUGGACAACAAAAACCGCCUGUUACUACAGCAAAUUUCAUUGCCAAAGGUGCCUGAAGAAUAUAGCAUGAGAGUGACAGGAAAAGGUUGUGUCUACCUCCAGACGUCGUUCAAAUACAAUAUUCUCCCAGAAAAGGAAAAGUUUCCAUUUGCUUUGGAGGUGCAGACUUUGCCCCAAACUUGCGAAGGAUCCAAAGCCCACACCAGCUUCCAGAUCACACUGAACGUCAGUUACACUGGGAGUCGCCCCGCCUCCAACAUGGCGAUUGCUGAUGUGAAGAUGGUAUCCGGCUUCGUUCCACUAAAACCAACAGUGAAAACGCUUGAAAGCUCUAAUCAUGUGACCAGAACAGAAGUCAGCAACAACCAUGUUUUGAUUUACCUUGAUGAGGUGACAAAUCAGACACUAAGCUUGUCCUUCACAGUUGUACAGGAUAUCCCAGUAAGAGAUCUGAAACCAGCCAUAGUGAAAGUCUAUGAUUACUAUGAGACAGAUGAGUUUGCAAUUGCUGAGUACAAUGCUCCUUGCAGCAAAGAUCUUGGAAAUGCUUGAAAACCAGGUGAAAGAAACUGCUUUGCUGGAGUCCCUGUUCCACAGAUUCAGGUCUCUGUGGAAGAAAAGGGGUUUUGUAUCUCUGAGGACUUGAUGAAUAAACUUUUUUCCUGGUCAAUAUCUA